AGGGUCAGGCGAUGGAUUGAUGUAUGAUACCGGUAUGAUACUGUACGGUAGCUCCGCCUCUUCCCCCCGUCCAGCUCCACCACCCGCGAGCAACACAACGGCCUACCGACAGGGGCUAUGGGUGCACCCAUCGGAGUUGUCUAAUGAAGCCCUCACAACCGGAACGACAGCAGAAACCAUCCACCACUGCGGGUUGAGCGCCACAGAACCCCGCUUGAUGACUCCAAGAACGUGAUGGUGGCCUGGCGGGGGAUCGCUUAUCACCCCGGAUUCUGACUCCUUCUCCUUCGCUGAUCCAUAGAGAGUUCCCGUCGGGUUCGGCGAUGGGGCAGCAAGGCAUGAUGCCAGAUGGCUGCUCCUAUACUCGAGUAGAGUAGAACCACCAUCAAUCACCCUACCUCUCCAGAUGCCUUGUCCGCACCAACCAGUUUUUCUUUUUCUUUUCCUCCCUCUCUCCAGUGGGGCAAAACAUAUUGUGCCGGUUAGCUGACUCCACCAAUGAUUGCACAACUACCGGUAGAGGGCCAAGAAAUCUGUUAUCACAAAAGGAAAAAAGUCUGUGCUUCAUCUCACUACUGCCCUCGAGUGCGGUUCUCAUUGCAUUUGCAUCCGGCUAAAGCAACGCUGCAGCAAAGGGGGAUGGACAGGAAUACGGUAAUAGAAGGGCAUAAAAGCACCGAAUUACAGCGGCAGCGACAGCAAAGCAGAGGAUCACCCCACAAGAUGCUUGUGCCUGCGCAAGCGCCUAUACUCGAGCGCCGAAAUGUAACAUCUCGCAAUAUUUAAACCUCGAACAUGCUAUUCAUGAUUAGGGUAUACCCCUUAGAAUCUGCGUUUCAGGUCCCAGACUGCGUUCCCCCGUGCCUUUCAGCUCUACAGUCCCUCCCACCGGAACAGAAUAAACAAGAAAGCUAAUCCCCGAAAACUUUCGGGAAUUCCCAACCGAGCUCUCGAUCGCCACCAUGAAGGUUGCAUUUUACAGCUCAAAGAAGGUGAGCCCACCACUUCUUUUUUGUUAGCGACUCCGUUUAAUGACUGCACAUCUCACCUGCCCACUUCGGCGCCCUCCACGCGGGUUGGUUAACAGGUUGGUUGGGUGGCAACCUAACCCCGCCAUCUUCUAUCGAUAAGCUUGUUUCCCCCUUUUGAAUGAACGGAAGCGGGUCUAACUCGUUCUUCACAACAGUACGACAUCGAUUCAUUUGGCGACGCAAACGGCAACACCGGCAUCGAGUUAAACUUUUUGGAAAGCCGGCUCGAAAAGUCCACUGUUCCACUGGCCGCCGGUCAUGAUGCCGUUUGCAUCUUUGUCAAUGACUAUUGCGACGCAGAUGUACUGGAGGGCCUGGCAAAUCUAGGAGUGGUAUGCUCGAGAAGCGCUAUAUAUUCGAUCCCGUUACCCGUAAGACAAAUCAUGUCUAACGUGCCUUCUAUUGUGUUCUAGAAAUACGUUGCUCUUCGCUGUGCAGGGUUCAAUAAUGUUGACCUGCAAGCUGCUGAGCGUCUUGGGGUAGAGGUCUCCCGAGUGCCUGCAUACUCCCCCGAAGCGGUCGCCGAGUUCGCCGUUGGAAUGAUCAUGACCAUUGUGCGCAAAUACCACAAAGCGUACAGUCGAGUCCGUGAGGGAAACUUCCUUUUGGAUGGACUCCUUGGUUUCAACCUUUUUCAGAAGACAAUUGGUAUAAUCGGCACGGGCAAGAUCGGACUGCUCACCGGCAAAAUCCUCGCAAAAGGCUUUGGGUGCAACGUUAUUGCAUACGAUCUCUACCCUUCCAAACAGGCCGACGAGUGUGGAAUUCGCUACGUUGAUACGUUGGAAGAGCUUCUUCGGCAGUCCGAUAUUGUUAGCCUACAUUGCCCUCUUACCGAUGGCACAAAGUACAUGAUCAACGAUACCACGCUUGGCCAGAUGAAGAAGGGUGUCAUUUUGAUCAACACCUCUCGUGGCGCAUUGAUUGAUACCGCUGCCCUCAUAAAGUGAGCAUGCCCCCUGCUAUGUUAACGGGGUUUCCAUGUCCGCCACUUAAUGACAAUAUCAUUACCACAGCGCCCUGAAGUCAGGUCAUCUCGGAGCGGUUGGCCUCGAUGUCUACGAAAAAGAGUCCGCCUACUUUUUCGCAGACUCGAGCGCUAAAAUCAUCUACGACGAUAACUUUGCUCGCCUGCUUUCCUUCUACAACGUGUUUGUCAGGUAAUCAACACUCCAAACUGUUGAUGCCCAAUACAAUUCUAAUAAAUCAAACAGCGGGCACCAGGCUUUCCUGACCGUGGAAGCCUUGAAGAAAAUCGCCGACACAACGCUCCAAAAUCUCCAGGACCGUGCCAACGGCAAAAGGUCUCCCAACCUUGUGGAGAGAAAGUGAACCGAUUAUUUGAUUUCCUUUGAAAUUUUCUGUAUCCUUUUCUCCCUCCCUCUCCUACUUCCGCUCCUUUUGCCGCAAUGCGAGGCAGAUGUCUCUGAUUAGGGAUAUCCGGAACCGGUUCCCUAGGGUUUCUUUUCUCCAAGGAAGCACGGAUACCGUCAUAAAUCGAUAGGACAUAUGCUUAGCAUUUUAAAUCCCAUAUAAAAGUUCUAUUUGCGGCCAAGAGUAGGCCCUGUGCUACGAGAGGCGAGGUAUCUCGCCCUUCAUCAAUUUAUGCGUGUGUAUACCUCUUCAACCUGACAAUCCUUGGACCAGCAAGCCCAACCGUAACACAACCGCCGCCGCAAAUCCUACAAGUUAUAGGAGGUUUAACCAAUUAAGCACCUCACAAUCUAUCUCUAUACCCGCAAAGGUUCGUAAUCAUAACUUCGGCUCUUGGUUACAGGCACCCACUAUAACCACGCUACGCUUUCUCUGCAAGCAUGCAGAAAGGGUAUGGAACCACCGCAUGAGCGCUGUAAGGCACAAGGCCUGGAAACAUGCGAAAGGCCCGUCAGAAAGACUGCGGGAGAACUAUACCCAGAGCACAGCUACGGGUAAACCAAAGUCGAACAUCGCUCCUAGAAAAAAAAUUCUCAAAAUCAUCUAGGAACACCUAGCUCU